CAUCUUCCUCUUUUGGAUGGGCACUCCCGACUCGGGAAGCUUCGUCCCACUUUCUCGCCUCCGCCAUUCCCCCUCUUCGUUCCACCGCUGCUAGAAGCCCUACACAUUUCCGAUUCCGACGCAUAUAUCCUCGCCAUGAAUUCGAAGCCGCAAAUUGGCCGCGUUCUCAUGUAGAAUUCCGCUCUUUCGCCCAGAGGGGAGGGGAUAUGUCGAGUGGAGAAGUCAGGAAGGUCUCCCGUCAGGAUAUACAACUGGUUCAGAAUCUUAUUGAAAGGUGCCUGCAGCUGUAUAUGAACCAGAAAGAAGUAGUUGACACUUUGUCUUUCCAGGCAAAGAUAGAGCCUAGUUUCACUGAACUUGUUUGGCAAAAACUUGAGGAGGAGAACCGGGAAUUUUUCAAAGCAUAUCAUAUUAGACUGAUCCUUAAAAACCAAAUACUGCUUUUUAAUAAGCUCCUUGAGAAACAGGUUGAGCUUAUGCAGAAAGCAUGUCCAUCUGGAGUUGCUAUCUUACCAAUUCCAAAUGCCUCCCAUUCUCCUUUGCUUCAAACUCCAUCAUGCUAUAUGUCUCAACAUGCGUCCACAUCUUCACGGCCAGAUGGCAUGUUUUAUAAUGGAGAUUUUUCAAGUGAUCUUGUAAAUGGUAGGUCAUCAGAACAUCAGGGGAACUAUCUUGAAAGUGAUUCAUCAAUUGUUGCUGGAAUUAUGCAUGCUUCGACAAGUGUGUUAUCUGCACAUAACUCCAACAUGGGAAGGAUUUCUGGACUGAGUGAGACAAUAAUAAAGUCAGAGCCUAACUAUCUAAACAAUUCUGAGUUUCCAUUCGUUAGUGAUAACAUCAUCUUGGAAGCACACCGACCAAUUGGAGAUGCUUCAGGUGGAUCCUUUAGUAACUCAGAAUUGACUGGACAACCGGCAAACAGCACUCUCCCGGAUGUUGAUACACCUUCGCUUGGAUUUAGUCAUAUUCCCCGAAAUUUCAGCUUUUCAGAUUUAUCAGAUGACUUUACUCACUGUGCUGAUAUACUAGAGAAUUAUGAUAAAUCUCCUUAUCUUCCACCUGAUUCAAAUAACUUUCUGGACUCUCCAGCAACAGAAUUUAAAGAGGACACUAGAAAACUAGACACUAUAUCUGAAGGGGUUAGUUAUGAUGGCUUACGAAGUGACUGACCGAACAUAUAAUGUGUUUUCCUCCAAGGUAACUUUCUACAGCCCUAGUUUUUUUCAUCUCCUUUUCUUCUCUCUUUUUCUCUCAAAGAGUAGAGACAAAAAAGAGGGACUUUUAUCACAUCAAUACUGCAUGAAGCUUCAGGUAACUGCCUAUGGUUUCAUAUUCUCUAUCGUGUAAACCAUUGCAAAUUUGUGGCGGUUCCCCUGUUAAGAAACAAAAUUUAUUUAUAUUGAGUGUAUGGGACAAGCAUCUGACUUUUCUGUGAUUGAUUAUAUAGGAUUGCACAGUGCUGUACUCUUAAGUCGCAAAUUAUUAUAUCGUGGCUAUAUCUUCCCGUUCAUGCUUGAUUACAUCAUUUUAAAUGACACUACGAAUGUUGUUAGCGGUACCCUCUUUUCUCUCAUAUGCAUUAUUGUGUGUUCCUAUCAGAUAUACUGUUUCUCACAACAUGCAAGCACAUCUUAUGGAAACAGUGAAUUAUUUAGAGUCCAUGUAUAAUUAGGUCCUUCCCACGAGGAUAUAUAUUUAAUCUAAUGCUAUUUGCUGAUGUGACUAUGAUCAUGGGAUGACGACCGGAGCUAUACUGUAUUUUAGUUCUUACACAUUUGUCAAAUUCUGCUGUAGGUUGACUGGGCAUCUGUAUAUAUGGGAUUGACAGGCUCCUUAUUCUUCAAAUUUCAGUGGAUCCUUCUCAAGUAGUUUACUUCACGCGUUUUGCACAGUCGCUAAUGUUUUCUGCCAUUGGAACUUUCUGUAAUGAUAUUUGUAGUUGAGCAACAAGUUAAUUUGUUUCAUACACAUCAUGCUAUCGAUGCAUUGUUCUGGUCCAUAAGGGAGGCACUCUGAUGUUGUCUUUGCAUUGCGAAAGACCUGGGUGUUAAUUUCCGUGUGACAACAUAUCGUGUGUCCUGUUUGUUUUAUUUAAAAUGCUGUAUAAAUCUCUGUAACACUGCUGCCACAGGGAAAAAUUGCCAGAAAGAACAAGGCUGGUAGUCUCAGACUGGAAGACACUGGUAUCACUACUGCAUAAAUCUCUGUAACCAGCCCUAUUUGAGUAAUCAUCGCUUCUGACUUAGAUUA